CAAAAUAAAAAAGUUUGACAACCCCUGCUCCGUAAAUUUCGAUCUGUCCUUAAUGUAAAAUGAUUGAGCAAGCUUCACUGGUUUGCGGGCUAUUCAAUGGAAAACGAAAGCUAUUACUAUUCUCCCAUGGCGUCCAGCAGCGUAAAUGACCCUAGUCAAGGGAACAGCUACCAGGAGAACUUCAGCUGCUCUGAGAGUAACUCUGAGAGCAGUGCUACAGAAGAGGAAUCAGACAGUGAUGCAGCAGGAACCCGACAGGAUCAGGAAGAGCCUUGCCGGUACUACAACAGUGGUCACUGCCGGGAUGGGAAAAGGUGCCACUACCUACACGUCUGCAAAUACGCACUGAGAGGCAACUGUCGCUAUGGAGCCAAGUGUCGCCUCAAGCACCUCAGCUCCUCCUCUGACAGUGAUGGAGUUAGUGUGAGGAGGGAAAGGAGGAGGUCUCUAUCUGGAGGGAGAAGAGGAGGCGGUGGGAGAGAAAGGAGGAGAUCUUCAUCUGGAGGGGCUCAGCGUGACAUUAGCGGGCCAUACAAAUGGCAGUUGGAAGAUGGACAUGGCUGGAAGGACAUUGCCAACGAUCACAUUUUGGAGGGACAGUACUCCCAACCCAACAUUAAGGGCAUCAAUAUCUACAACACCCCCCACGGCAAAGUGAGUAUAGAUUUCAAGGCGAUGAGAGUCCGCGGUAAGAAUAAUCUGAGAGUGAGGCGUUUGGAUGGUCAGCAGACAGAGUGGAUCUGGUUCUACUCGAGUGGCAAAGGCUGGACCAAGUAUGGAGAAAAGGAUUCCAAGGGAAACUCAGGCCCCAUCCAGAGUUCUGAGAUCGAGAAGAAAUUCCAACUCAACCGUAACGGUUCUCUUACGUUCAACAUCGGCUCUGAUAUCUUCGAGAUCCGAUUCAGACAAAUGAGACAGGUGAGCGGCAAGAGGAAGAGGAAAGUUGUCCGUCGUCCAAAGUAUCAACCACCUCAAAGCGGAAAUCUAAUUGGUCGAGUGACGUCUGCUUUCCAGAGAGUGAAGAUGUCUCCAGCGGGUCAGAGUGAAUCUCCAGACUGGCAGUUUGGGGGGAAAAGUGGGUGCUGGCACACCUUCAAAGACAGUGCUGACAUUGAAGACCAGUACCAGAAGGACUUCAAUGGAUCCAUGUCCCUCACUGUCAACGGACAGGCCUACAAGCUGGACUUCUCAGCCAUGAAGCAAACCAACCAGUCUACAAGGGCGACGCGCAACAUCAGGCGUGUCUAGAGAGCAUGAUGAACAGAAUUGUUGGGUUGCUAUUACAUGCAAUAUGUUUACAUGCAAUAACCUGCCAUUAGCUCACGAACGGGAAUAAAUGCCUAUUGCAGAAAAGGACUACAGAUAUUGGAUAUACUCCUGUACACACUGUGUAUGAAACAACAUGCACAAUAACAAACUGUUUACCUUUUUCUGUGUGUUUUGUUGUUGUUGCCCCGCAAAAGCAACGUGCAUUAUCUGCAAAUUUGGUAAGAAACAUUUGAUCUGUUGUAAUGGCCUGGUGUAAUAUGUGAUAAUAAGGUAUUUAGUUUCCUGACAAGAACAACCCAGUCAAUCAGAAUGUCAUGAAGUACCAGAAAUUGCUGUAUGUCUGGACAGAAAAAGACUUUGAAGUCAGAUUUGUCUGUUAAAUAUUUUAAGCAGAUAUUGCACUUUGCCUUUGUAGGGUAUACAUGUAUGAGGAAUGCUGUAGCAGACUGCCAUGAUCAAGUAACUGGGACAUUUAGUUAACAUGUGUGUGCAUGAUGUUGAAAUGUAGGUCAUACCUUUUAUCUCAGGUGUUGUUUGAAAAGACGUGAAUAUUCAAAGCCCUAAUUCAAAGCCUUAAUAUUUUAAUUUAAUCAUUUAUUUGAAUCAAGGGUCAUAGCCAAUGAUGUAUAUACACAUCAUUGGUCAUCUAGCUUGUGUUCAUUUCUAAAAUGGCUUUUCAGAAUAAACAGCCCACUUACUUUAUACUUUACCCCUAGAUUAGUUAUAUUUUUAUUGGUGCAAUAAAUGCUCAGAAGAACUGUGAGUAAACAAAUCCCGUUACGAACAGUUGAACAGUUUGACUUUUAGCAAUGAUGAAUUGAUUAUGUUUUAUGAAAAUCAAUUCAAUACAAUCUACAGUAAUGUGGUAGUAACAAUGUUGGAAUAACACUGCGUUAAAAUGUUCCUAAAAAUGGGCUGACGCUUGUCCUAGGUACCUUCAUGUGAUUGAACGCUUAAACUGCCGUAUUGUUACUGUACACAAUGAAUAAAGACAAAAACAGUGUAUGUUUCCAUGUAAUAAGGUUUUGAUUAAAAGCAGAAUAAAUUGCAAUGAUUUUA